AUGGAUCCAGAAUCAAAUGAUUUUUUCAGAUUAGCAUCAAAUAAUUAGAUUAUGAGUAGUUAUCCAACAUUCCAAUAAAUUAUACAAAUUAAGUAUGAUAUAAUCAUCCAUAAAGUUCAAUGCAACAAGCAAUAAUACAUCCAGUUUAAAUUUAAUAAGCUAGUCCUAUUUAAUCUCCAGAAAAUUCAAUAAUAAUGUAAGCAUCUCCAAUUAAUGCUCCUUUAUUUGGUAUUAAUUCACCAAUACAUUCUCAACAGGAUGACGAGGAUUAAUCACUUGUUAAUUAGAUUUUUGAGUCAUAAUAAUUUUCAUAACCAAUAUUAGACAUUUCUUAACUAAGUCAAAUUUAACUAUAACCAAAAACAAAAUUAGAUUUAACAGAUUAACCAAAAUACAAAAAAAAAAAAGUUGGUUGUUCUUGUACAAAAAGAAAAUGUUCUUCUAAAUAUUGUUUUUGUGCAAAAGAUGGUUAAUCAUGUUCAAAUUUAUGUAAAUGUGUAGAUUGUAGUAAUAAUAAAUCAUUUAUGAGUUAAUAAAUACAAAGAUCUAUUGCUUAUGAAUAAAAAGAAUAAAAAGGAUGUAAAUGUAAGAAAAACUUUUGUUUGAAAGGUUAUUGUGAUUGUUUUGCAAAAGGUAUGUAAUGUAAUUCUAAUUGCAAAUGUAUUUAAUGCAAAAAUAUGACAACAAUUGAACCUAUUAAAGACAAAGUACCAAUAAUCAAGAAAAAAAUUAAAAAGUUUAGUAAAUUUUAUAAGAAUAAAAAAGGGUUCAUUCGAACCAAUAAAAAAGGACUAAUAUUAACUUAAGUAGAAAAUUAAUGA